UAUGUCAGAUUUUGAAAGAUCAGGCUUGAGAGUGUGUGUGGGAGGGGCAGUGAAACUCAGAGGAACUUCAUAUAAAGAGCGCUCGCUGCAGCUGAAGUCAUUCACAGCUAGAGGAAGAAGGAAACACCACAUGAAAAACUUACUGUCACUGCAGCUCUCAAUGGACUGGGCCCUGUUUGUAAUUUUGCAAGUCUUGUUUCAGCCAUCGCUCUCAGACCUGUUCACGGUUGAGGCGGAUCGGAACACGUACGAGUCGGAGUUCGGAAGAGACGUGGUGAUGGGCUGCAAGUUUCACCCUCUGCCGUCAAAUUCUGACCAAGACCUGAAAGUAUCCUGGCACUGGAUCAUAAGUGGCGAUUCCCGGGACGUGUACCGGAUAAAUAACGGCGUUGAGCAGCCCGCAUCUCCGGAGUAUUAUGGCCGAGUAACACUCCUCAAAGAGCAGCUGAGAAGUGGCUGGGCUAAACUAAAGCUCUCCAAUCUCCGGAUCAACGACUCCGGGACGUACCAGUGUUUGGUGGAGACGGCAAAAGGAGCCGACUAUAAGACAAUCACUCUGUCUGUUGUAGCACCUUAUAAAUCAGUGACUAAAUGCAUAGAGAAGAUCGCAGGGGGGGAGGAGGUGCUGUUGACCUGUCAAUCAGAGGGAUACCCUGAGUCGCCUGUCGCGUGGCAGGACGGACGCCUGCAGGGACUCAAACCCAACACCACCGCUGUACCAACUGCAAACCAUCUGUUUAAUGUCACCAGCCGGAUACGUGUCAGUGCACGGGACAAAAACAACUACACAUGCAACUUUACUAACGACGCCCGCUACGCCACAUUUCGAGUUCCAGAUGAAAUACCUAUUCCUCAGAUAAAAAACGAGGCUCUCUACUUCAUUCUGAGCAUUGGAGCCGUAAUGAUCGUGAUCAUCGCUGCGGUGCUCAUCUACAGACAACGAAAAGGAUCCAUCGCUCUGAGUGUCAGGAACCUUCUGGGUGUUCAUCCGGGUCGACCUUGUCCUUCUGCCGCCUGUCCACAUAUAAAUACAGAAGACGAGGAGGAGAAAACUGUUUUCAAUGAAUAUGGAAUGGAGGAAAAUCUGGGGGUGUUUCUGAAAGCGCAUUAUUCCGACUCCUUCAGUAAAGAGUCGAGUCGCCCGUGGGACGUUGUCACCAUGGAGGAGUUACCUCCCCGGCUGGAAAACAAUGAGGGCCAGUACAUGAAACUUCAAGAUGUACUCCCAGAAGCUGGAGAGACACUUUUCCUUGAGGGACCUCCAGGGAGCGGAAGGACGCACCUCGCCCAGAUCCUGGUCUCUUCUUGGACCGAGGGACGGACAAACCUCAUCGAUCUCAGCACCCUCGGACUUCUCGUUCACGUCGACUGCAGCUCUGCGGAGGGCGAGCUGUUCCAGGAAGUAUUGUCUCAACUCUCGCUGAUGAACAAAACGACAGCGGACGAGCUGAGGACAGUGUUAACCCGGUGCAGCCAGGCUCUGCUGUUGUUGGACGGGUACAGAGAAGGAAGCAGAACUUUCGAUGAGUCCUUAAAGAGGUUCCUCAGUGACAGGGGGGGGUGCAGGGUGCUGGUUUUGGCCUCGUCUGCAAACUGCCCCACGCUCAAGGCGGCAUGUGGAACAGGAAGGAUCCUGAGGCUCGAGACACAAACUGUUUGAUACCGAUUUAUGGCAUCUUGUUACGUUUUGAUUAUUUUUGUAUUCAUAGUUUGCACGAUGCUUUGUUUUUGUAGAAGUUGUUUUCUGGUCCAAUUUUUUAAAAGCCCAAAUGCUGCAAUAUGUAAAUUCAAAGUAUUAUUCAUUUACGUUCAGAUUUUGUGUUCUAUGUUUUUUCACAAGUUUAUAAAAAAAACGAAUGUAGCUGCAUCUUAUUAUAUCUCAGUGCCGGCACAUGACGGAGUCAAUACGCUGUCACUUUGACUCAAGGAUUAACCAUUUAGAAUUUGGUGGUCAAAGGUCACUGUGACCCCAUAUGUGUCCGGAAAACAUAUGUAUUUGAACUGAAACUGCACUUAUUGGUGGACGCUUGCAACUGAAGGGUGAUCAUUCCAGUUAGAUAUCACUUUACAGUUUGCACAAGUCAUUAAACUCCUGGUAGUGAUUUCGAAUAUACUUUAAACUCUGGCUCCAUUAAAUUUGAUAGUUCACAAAAGUUGUUUCAGUUUCUGUUCUUUGUCAGAGUGGGAGAAAGAGAAAGAUCAUUAUUAGGGUCAGUUGAUGCAAACUGUUAGAGUAAAAGGGAAAUGACUCAGUGUUCCUGGCAUGAGACUCUGCUGAUGCCAGUAACACUGGAUUUUAUUUCAGUUAGUUCUUUAUUCUCUGAUAACUCGUUCUUACAUGUGAACGAAUGAAUGAAUCAGUCAGUCUUUCUUUCGGUCAGCGUCCUAUUCUGUGUGUGCAUUUCAACAACUGUAAAAAUCAACCUUCACACAUGGUGAGAGAGGAAACUUUCAAAUGUCUGUGUGAUGUAUUUCUGUAGCUAACCCCAUGUGAGCUCCACUCCCCCUCUAUCACUCCACAAAAUCCCCUGAAUGUCCCCGGGUGUAACCAACGUCAACUGGGAUUGACUCCAGCCGACCCCACGACCCCCAAAAGAUAAGCCACACAGCCAAUGGGUAGAAGGAGGAGCAAAGUACCUCAUUGACCACAUUAGGAAUGUUUGCCACAAUUGUAAAUGCUUCUUGAAGCUGCACUUGUAUAUAUAUAUAUAUAUAUAUAUAUAUAUAUAUCAUGCACAUUUUUAUGAUGGCACACAGUCAAAGAAUUACAAGCAAUGGAAGGUUUUUGAUUUUAUAAUUAUCAUCCAACUCUUCCUCUUAGCUCUACAGUUCCUUUUAGCAAAACAAAUGACGGCUUUGUUCAUUUCCGUAACAUAUUGUGGUGACAACUGUUAAGAAGAAUUACUGCAAGAAGCCAGAAUCAAGGGAAAUACCAAACAAAUUGCAACAUUUUGGAAAAGACAAAUAUACCGGAACAAACAAAAACAAGAGGUUGAUGAUGUUCGACGAGAAGUCUGUCAAAAAAGGGUUUUCCCAACUGUGAGGUCUAACUGUAAACUGCUUUUUAAAAACCAAGUAUUACCAUUGAUUUCAACAUUUCUAUUCCAAGAGGAAAAUGUGUGGUUUCCUGUCUACAUCAUAAUUUCACUAGAUGGUGCCAUCCCCCCUCUAAUCACGGCUCAGUGUGUCGCUGGAGACAGACGCUGGACAAUGUUUCUACAAGUGUUCCCAAGGAAAUUGUAUCUACACAAAGAAACAUUUCUAUGUGAUGGGUUUUUAUGAUGCUCAUGUCAUGUAUACAUGAUAUUAACAGAAAUGACAAUAAAUAUCAGACGCAAUCAU